CACAUCCGGUUCCGGGGGUGGGGGAAGUGCUUCCGGGGCAGCGCGGCCCCGAGGUGACCGAGGCGAGGAUGGGGGCGCACCUGGUCCGGCGCUACCUGGGCGACGCGGAGGUGGAGCCGGACCCGCUCCGCAUGCCGACCUUCGAGCCGGGGCUGGGCUUCGGGGAGCGCAAGGAGCGGGUGAUGGUAGCAACGCAGCAGCAGAUGAAUGACGCUCAGCUGCCCCUGGAGCAGCGCGACUACUGUGCCCACCACCUUAUCAAGCUGAUGAAGUGCAAGCGCGACAGCUUCCCCAACUUCCUGGCCUGCCGGCACGAGCGGCACGAGUGGGAUUACUGCGAGCACCUUGACUACGUGAUGCGUAUGAAGGAGUUUGAGCGGGAGCGGCGCUUGCUGGUGAGGAAGAAGAGGCUGGAGCAGAAGGAGGCGGCUGGAGCAUAGCAAAGCCCCAGGUCCCCAUCCGCGGGAGAGGCUGGAGGAAUCUUCUCCUUGUGUCAUGUGUAAGGGAAUAAAUAAUGGCUCGUCUG